GCUGAGAAAAAGAAGCGCGAGCUAGAAACUUGGGCGCGCGGCGGCAAUACAUGUUUAGCUGGCGAGAGUUUAUUAUAUUUGCUCGAUCAUCUAAUUAACAUCACAGCCCCACAGAAGAAGAAGAAGAGUAACAUCACAGAUGUUUGCAUGCUGCGUGCGCAGUGGCCUCCUAAAGUUCUGUUUAAUUGGUGCAUUUUGAGCAAACAUUAGGGAAAUGUCGUGGUUUGCGCGCGGUGAGGAUGAGGACGAGGCCAUGUGUCAGGACACAGACUCUGAUGUGGCUGAUCAGAAGGAUUGUGGGAAAGUGAAAGUGAAGUGGACCCAGGAGGAGGAUGAUAAGCUGCGAAAAUUGGUGCUGAGCUUUGGAUCAAAUGAUUGGAAAUACAUUGCUGGCUUUUUACCUAGUCGAUCAGAGCAUCAGUGUCAGCAUCGCUGGUUCAAAGUUUUGGAUCCUGAUCUCGUCAAAGGUCCCUGGACAAAGGAGGAGGAUGAGAAGGUGAUUGAGCUCGUGAAAAGGUACGGCAACAAGCAGUGGGCGAUGGUGGCCAAGCACCUGAAGGGCCGUCUCGGGAAGCAGUGCAGAGAGCGCUGGCACAACCACCUCAAUCCAGACGUCAAGAAGUCUUCCUGGACCCCAGACGAAGAUCUCAUCAUCUACAAGGCUCACUGUGUGCUGGGCAACCGCUGGGCCGAGAUCGCCAAACUGCUUCCGGGAAGGGCUGUCCAAACUGGGUCCUGGAGGCCCGGUGUCCUGAGGCAAGAUCUUGAGGGCUGGUGUACAAUGUCGGACUUUGAGCUGCCGGAGGAGAGCCAGAGCUCUGAGCUGCUGCAGUUUCGUCUGGAGGGCAGCACCCUGCAGGAGCUCAGCAAGGGCAGCAAAGGGGAGCUCAUCCCCAUCUCACCCGGCGGGGCGACGCCUCCGUCCAUCCUGAGCCGCCGCAGUCGCCGCCGCAUCGCCCUGUCCCCAGACCCCAACGACUCCAUGACCCCGAAGAGCACACCCGUCAAAAUCCUGCCUUUCUCUCCUUCACAGUUCCUUAAUAUGUGGACCAAGCAAGACACGCUGGACCUGGAGAAUCCUUCUCUGACGUCGACUCCUGUCUGCAGCCAGAAGGCCACCGUCACGACACCCCUGCACCGCGACAAAACCCCGCUCACGCAGAAGGAGAACUCGCUGUUUAUCACACCUAAUCACAAAUCUGAUCUGGACACGACUCCCCGAACCCCCACUCCUUUUAAAAACGCCUUGGAGAAAUACGGCCCUCUGCGGCCCCUGCCUCCGACCCCAAAUUUGGAGGAAGACCUUAAAGAAGUGUUGCGCAGUGAGGCAGGAAUUGAGCUGAUAGUAGAAGAUGAAACUCCUACAGAGAAGAAACGCAAACAAGUGUACCGGCCGCUGAUGAAGAAAGUGCGCAAGUCUUUGGCUCUGGAUGUCAUUGACUGCAGUGAGACUGUUGCUGCACGAAAGCAGCAAAUGAAACACGCAGUCAAAACAAGUCAGAAGGCUCACAUGGCACGGUCGCUCGCUCUCGUGUCCUCUUGUGGUGUGAAGCAGGAAGAGAACGUGUUGGAUCAAGGAUUUAUUCUUGGCCCGAAUGAGAGCGGGCUGCCCUCUAAACCUGUGCCUCCCACACUGAAACUGAGUCCUCCAUUACCUAUGUCUCCAGCCUGGGAAACUGUUGUCUGUGGACGGACAAAAGACCAGCUGAUCAUGACGGAGAAAGCAAAGCGGUACCUUCGCUCUUUAAAAUCUCGUGCCCCAAACCGAGCGCUCAUACUUUCCUGAUCCCACGCCGAGUCCCAAUGCAGCUUCUGGAUAUUUCGUUUUUUUACAAAGCAUAAUGUGUAAACUUUGUGUUGAUUUAAAAAAACAACAAAAUGUAAAUGUCAUGUAGAAUAUGAAACCAAUUACUUGUUCCAGAACAGACACUUUAAUGCUGAUAAUGCUUUUGUCCUGUUUUCUGUGGCAUGUUAGCACAUUCAGAACACUUCAUUUAACCCUGUAUAAUAAGUGUUGCUAUUUAGUUUUAUUUAUGUGUUGUCAACCUGCUUUUGAUGUGGCUGCAAAUAUAAAAUGUCGAGCAUACCAAGCCGAGUAAAUAAUCAGGUUACUGUUCAGGGAUCUCCGUAUCGUUUUGUAUUCUGUUCACAUAUUCUGCUACUCCGCUCGUGUGAUGUACUGGCUGAAUAUAGUCUGUAUUAAAUAGGUUGACAUUUUUCUUGGCUUUAGGAGGGUCAACAUAUUACACAUUUUGAAGUUGUGUAAAGUAACCUUUAGGACCUCAGGCUAAGGCCUUAAUUCAGUGUGCAUAGAAACAUGAAAACAUGUUGUUUUUUGUCUGA